UCCUCCCUACGAACUUUUUACUGUCCUUGUCCCCCGUCAGUCCGUCACCUAACGUCACUUCUUGUCAUCAAUUCAUCAUCAGCACUUUUAACAAUUAACAACAGUAACAGUGUACAUUUCUUUUACAUAGAUCCCCAUCUGUCGCCCCACUGACUGGCAAAAUUUCUUAGCUCCAUCGUUGUGUUAUGGUUUUGGAACUUGUAUCUCCUCUCGCUCCUAACCUAAGUUUACCGCGUACCAUUUCUUUCUUUCCAUUUACCUUUUAGCCUUGGAAUUUGAUUUGAUUAAAAAUAACAAAUCGGAGCAAUUAAGUUGUCAAGUGGCAAGUAAAGUUCUUUCCAAUCCGUCUAACUGCCGAUCCUAGCUUUGCAGCGAAUUCCUGCUGGUUGCCAUCGAAAGUUCAUUUGUUUACACGCGUGUGAGAUGUCAUCAGCAGCAAAUUGAAAGUUCAACUCUUAGCACAAGUGGUGUUCAUUAGUGACUUUGCAAGAAUGCGCAAAGAUGGGCUGUGUUCUGAGCAAAAAGAAUAUUAAUGACAUUCACCCUCACAUUUUCAAGGUAAUGAAUGUUGACGAUCUGGGCAACCGCUUGUCGUCAGGACAACUAGAAAUUACAGAGAGUGACCUGAUCUUACACCAGCAAGGUGGCAGGAACAAAACUACGUGGCCACUUCGUUGCCUCAGACGGUAUGGCUUUGAUGCGGAGAUUUUUAGUUUCGAAUCAGGGAGGCGUUGUCAGACCGGAGCAGGAAUCUACGCUUUUAAAUGUAGUAGAGCAGAGCAGUUGUUUAAUCUACUCCAGUCUCGCAUACAGUUGACACACAACUCCAAUGAAGACAUUGUCUCCCAUGACCUCCCGCACUCACCCCCUAAUGGUUCUUGUGCGUCCCAGAUCUCACCAAGCCCAGACUCAAACUAUUUAGUGCCACGCUCAGAUGGGUGCCUAAGCUCCAAUCAGCCACGAAUCCGUAACUGGAUAAAUGUUGUCUUCGGUCGAGCCACCCUAAACCCUCUCAAAGGGCCUCCACUUCCCUCAGAGAUCUACGUCAACAGGAACAUCGGUGAAGACGACCCUGCAGUAGACAAAGAGAACUGCAAUGGCAAUAUUCAUCCUUAUGUCAAUGUGAAUGUAAAUAGGAUCAAACCACCGCCUCCUGAAAUCGCCAAACCUGCACCAAAUCCUGAAGCAACAAAACCGUACAUGAACUUGGAUCUGAACCUUAUUGAAUCAAUACGCCCCAUCCUGAAGCCAGUCCAUCUCAUCAGCCCACCAGAAGACGUAGAUCCAUCAAAAGUGUAUAUGAACAUGGUACCAGGGAGCUCUCCUACAAGCGUGGUCUCCAAUGAUUUGAUCACCAAACCAAAUGAUUACAUGAAUCUUGUCAUGAAUGAGUCAUGUUCCAAGAUCAAACCAACACCAGAUGUUUUAAACACUAAAAGCACAACUAUAACGAGGAAAACCAAUUACAUAGUUUUGGACCUGCACAACAAUAACCCACCAGACCCAAACCCCUCACCAUCGUCACUUAGCUCAAAUAACCCGACGUUUGAGACCAAGUUAUCCGACACCUACGCUACUAUUGAUUUCGACCGAACGCAUGCUUUAUCGCACACGGUCAAACCAAACUCAGACAACGAUAAAGAGGGCUGCCGAAAAACACGGCACCAUUCAACGGUAGCUGUCAGUGAUAUUCACCUACUCGCAUUCCCGCCCAGAGGCAGCUCAUCUCUGAGUGACUAAUUUCAAUAUUUUUUUUUGUUAUUAUUAAAAGCACAUGCCGAACUAAUGUGUGGAGGUUGUAUAGCGAUUUUUUUUUUCAAGGGGUUCUUUGGAUAAUAAUAUGUUCAAUGUCCUCUCGAAACUCAAGAAAAUAAUUUAGAAACGUCAUGAACUUCACUUGAAAAGCUCAAAUAAUUUUAAUUCAAAGUGAACUAUUACUUCCAAUGUCAAGUUCCUUCUUGACUCAUUUAGUAUGAUGGGAGGAAAGUUCCUUUGCAGGGUGUCUACAAGUCCAGAAUUUCCGGAAAGUCCGGAAGUACUGAAAAAGUGCG